AUGAGUUCCAAUAUUAUCCAUUGCGAGACGGGUUAUUAUCGAUCUGCCUGCGUGGAGUGCCAGCGCAGGAAGCAAAAGUGCAAUCGUGAAUGGCCAUGUGACAGCUGCCGUCGUCGCAAGGUCCCUGAUGGCUGUCGCUACAAUGAGACCACUGCCCCCGCGGACUCUGCCAAUGGCAUUUCUUCGGAAAAGGCAGACAUCUUUCCAGACCAGCCAUCCAAUCGUAACAGCCUCAAUGCCAGCGACGGCCAAGUCCUCGAGGUCCUUGCCGAGCGAGCAUUUGUAAAUCUCGGCAUCGACAGCGCACCCAGAGAAGAUGCCCCUCCGGAGCAGAAGCAGGACAUGGUCCAGCUUGGAUCUUCGACACAGUUUGAUCGCCUCUUCGAGCUGCUUCCCCAGCGACGUUUAAUGGACGACUUUGUCCAGCUUUUCAUCAAUGAUAUCAACUUUCACUACUACAUCAUAUAUCCUCCCGUUUUCCUACAGGACUAUCACAUCUGGUGGGAGCGUCGUGCCCACAACAAACCUGUUUCCCUGCAGUACACUUGUCUCCUCGCCAUGAUCUGCUCUUGUACCGUUCAGCAUGUCGCGGACGACUUGGAAGCGACCGUAAUCGCCGAGUAUGGAGAACCCAUUCAGCCCGUCUCGGACAAGAUGCAUGCCGCAGUCCGAGAGCUGUCCGGCGUCAUCCCAGUCGGCCACUAUCACAUGAUGAAUGUUCAGCGCUUGAUUCAUUCCUGCUACUGGUACAAGGCCGAGGCUCGCUUUGUCGAAGCUUGGCACGUUCUCAACCAAGCUAUUCUUGAAGCCAAGGAGCUCGAGUUGCAUAUUGAGCCUAAGCCGGAAGCUGUAUCCGACUUUGACCGCGAGAUGCGUAGGCGUCUUUGGUGUAUCCUCGACACCUGGGACUGGCAAAUAUCUUCUGGUUUGUCGCGCCCCAAGCUCAUCGAUCGUGGUGGUUGUACCGCAGAACUCCCAGAUCUUACUCUCGAGGGCUACGACCCCUCGCCUAUGGAGCAUAUGAAGAUGCAGUCCCAGCUGACUCGCGAGCUUUCCUCGCGUUUUGGUGCUCCUAAAAAUAUCAUCUCGACACAGGAGGUUCAAGAAUACAAGGGAAUUAUCGAGGCCUGGGUCCGUCGUUUCCCCAAAAUUUACGACUUUUACGAACCCGAUAUGUCCAGAGACUCCGUCCAUCCGUGGAUCUUUCCUCAUAGAUUCUACCUCUACACCAUGGCUUGCUUGCUCAUCCUGAACCCCACUCGCCAUUACAUGGUCAAGUCUCACACGAAAGACUCCCCGGCUGACGAGCUCAAGUGCCGUGCAGACGGCCUGUUCUGGUCCUUGGUUCUAAUCAAGACCCAGCGCAAGUGGGUUGAUAAGAUCAAUGGCAGAGAUGGGCGGUUGCACUUUAUAAUAUUUUCCAUCUUUGACACUGCCGCCAUUCUGUGCACCGCGCUGGUAAAGGAUCAUGCCAACACCAUCGAGAACAAGGAAGACGUUUUGCAUGCCAUUGCAGAGUCCACUGCUAUGCUCAAGGCCUUGAUUAACAUAUCUGAGACGGCUAAAAUGUCUCAUGACAUUCUUUACCGCCUCACCAAGAAGCUCAAGAAGCCCAGCAUGUCCAAAGAAUCUGGCGACAGUGGUCGGAAGCGUGCAAAGCUGGCCCCAGUACCACCUUCGCAAAAUACGCCUUCGACGACCACGGCCUCUGCAAGCCCGCCCAGCGCGACAUCCAAGUCAAACCAAGCACCUUCUCCCUUGCGCCAACACAUGAACGCGCCCCAGAGAGCUGCAACGGGCUAUGCUCCCCCCACUGGGGCAAGUUUGAAUGAUUAUAGCAACCCUCCAGCAACAUCAAAUGGCUAUAACAACCAUUCAACGCGGUUGGACGCAUAUAGCAACCCUCCAACAACAUUCGGUGGGUAUAGCAAUGCACAAGCUAUUGCCACCCCUAUGCCUGCACAGCUUAGUGCCUCUGCUGCAGCGCAUACUAUGGUUCAACAUAUGCCUCAGAUGGACGCCUCGCAAAUCGCUCACCAACAAAUACCACAGCCGGAUAUGCGAACGUCUGUCGAACCAGGCGAGCCCAUGAAUCAGGCUGGCUCUCGAUCGAGCCCUCCCAUGCAACCAGCCGGCUACCCGCGGCCACCGCCGCUCGGCACCGGCAUCUUUAAUAUGAAUGCCACCGACAACGUGCCUGCCAUUGCCAAUCUCUGGGACGGCCCGGCCAUGCCCAUGGCUCCCACCAUCUCGUAUUCCAUCAUGGGCCACAAUGUGCCUGUCAAUGUUGUGCCCCAGCCACGCGAGCUGUUCAUCGGCCAGCAGCAGGAGCACAUUGUGCCCGAUCUCAAUCUCUCCAAUCUGACAGAAGCAGAAAUCGGCGGCCUCGCUCCCCUGUGGAACUGGCACUCGAGCAACCUGUUUCCUGAAGACACGAAUAACGGCCCUGCGCCCUAG